AUGACCACAAGCUUGCGUACCUAUAGACAUACAUGCAUCCAUACACUCACAUAUAGUCAUAUUGACCAUCGUAAUUCAACCAAUCUUGGACCAAAUGCCAUUUCUACACCAGCCAGUAUGCGCAGUUAUCUAUUCCAUAAACCAAGACUAUCCUACACUACAAGAGCUGGCUCUAAACCAUCAAUAUGCGUUGGUUGUGGUGCAGCGUUUCAGCAUCACUCUCCGAUUUCAGCAGGCUAUAUUCCCGAGUUGGCAUAUUCUCGAAAAGCGAGCAUCACUCCAGCAGCCAUUGCAAAACUCAAAGACUCUAUUGAACCACUUUCUCCGAGUCAAGUCAAGACUUUGAUUAAUGCUUCCAAGGAGGAGAAAGUGGUUCCAAUCUGCCAACGCUGUCAUAAUCUCAAGCAUCACAAUAAAUCACAGGUCCCAGCUACAUUUAGCACAGUUCACUCCCAAUUCAAAUCACUCAAGACUCGUACAGGAGGACUAGUGGUUUUGAUCGUAGAUGUCUAUGAUCUGCCUUGUACUCUCUUGCCUAACCUGCGAGAUCUUGUUGGCAUGAAGAACGUUAUUGUCGCUAUCAACAAAAUAGAUCUUAUUCCUAAAAAAGAUACUCCUAAGCAAUACAUUGACUGGGUCAGAUCUCGCAUUCAAACUAGCAGACAUACAGGGCCUAUCAGCAUUAUUCCAAUUUCAGCGACAAAAGGAACUGGAAUUGAUAGUCUUGUGAAGGCCAUUGUGGACAAUAGAAACUCUAAUGAGGAUAUUUACAUGGUUGGAGCAACCAAUGUUGGCAAGUCGUCUGUUAUUAAUCAAAUCGUCACUCAUGCUGGUUAUAAAGGAUUCUUGACCACAUCCAAUUUUGCUGGCACUACAAUUGCACCUGUCCCCAUUCCAAUAUCAUCGUUUGGAACACAAUUCUUUCCAAAUUCGCUUGGAGACAUCAGCGAUCCUGAUCAUGAUGCACGCAAGGAUACAGGACAUUUAAUUGACACAGUAGGUACAUACAACAGCCAGCAACUUACACAUUUUUUAGCUUCAACCGAGUUUCAAUUUGUCGUUCCCAAAACUUCCAUUCGACCCCGCAAAGUCAAUCUUAGACCAGGCAAGAAUAUAUGGUUUGGAGCUCUGGUUCGACUUGAAAUUGUGAAAACCAAGACAGCAUCCAGCUUUUGGUUUUAUGGGUGCCAUGUUCUCCCUAUUCAUGGCUGCAGAGAAUCUAGAAUGGCUUCGCUCUGGGAUGAGCAUGCCGGCAUCAACAGUCAGAUCAUGACUCCGCCAUAUGGUAAGGACCGUAUAAAUGCACUCCCGCCUUUUGCUAUUGCUUCAGAGUCUAGAUACAACAAAGACGGGACUCGUAUCUGGCUUGGUGGUUUGGGCUGGAUUGUCAUGUAUGGUGAGCUGCAUUUUCGCGUUUGGACACCUGGUGGUGUUGGUAUCUAUACGGAUAGCGAUCCCACUAGCGAGAAACCCCAAAAGGUUACUCUUUAA